UCGUUCUGCAGUUCCUAGUGGGAAGCGCCUCCUGCUCCCCGCCUCGAGCUCCAGUCCCCUCCGCUCCUCCAGACAUCCGAGAGGCUGUUCUGCAGCUCACUGUUUAUCCUGCACAGCCUGGCAACUGGCCGCGCGCUCCGGAUUACCACAGGACACCAUAUACAAAACACACUUUGCUCUCUGCUCUGACUAAUCGAGAGUAGACUUCCUUUUUUUUUUUUAAACUGGAGGAAAAAAAAAAAACUUUUGGGAUAGUCAAAGGAUCUUGGAUAUGUGCUUGUGAUUUUAUCUUCUGGGUUUGAUUCAGUAACUUUACCUUCUUUUACUUGCCCUUCUCACCUUUCCUCGGAGGGCCCCGCGUGUGCGUUUGUGUUUGCACGCGAUGGAUCACACACUGUUCGGGUGCCUGCGGAGCCCCCACGCGCCGGCCCAGGCCCUGCACCCCGCCUUCACCCAGUCCCCCCUGACUCUGCACGGACGCUCGGACCACGUCUCCUACCCCGACCUGGCCUCCUCCUCAUCCUCCUCCUCCACUUCCUCGCCCUCUCCCUGCAUCAUCUCCAGCUACCCGGUGGACGACGGCCUGUUUGCCGGGCAGCACCACCUCCACCACCACCACCACCACCCUCACCGCGGCCACCUGCCCUCGCAGCAGCACCACCACCACCCGCCUCAGCACCACGCGUCGUGGCACAUCCCGCAGAUGCCGUCACCUGGCGGGAACAUGCGCCACAACCUCUGCCACCCGCACUCCCACUCGACCCACGACAGCGGGCCGGCGCCCCCGGACCUGGGACACCCGGGGGGGCCCAGCAUGUGCGCCAGCACCCCGAGUCUGGGCAUCGGCAGCACCCCUACGGGGGCCUCCUGCGCGCCUGCAGACUUUGGCAGACAGACUCUGUCACCUGCCGAGGCCGAGAAGAGGAACGGCAAGAGGAAAAGCGACAGUUCAGAGUCCCAGGACGGGAAUUACAAGUCCGACGUGAGCAGCAAACCCAGGAAGGAGAGGACGGCGUUCACCAAAGAGCAGAUCCGAGAGCUGGAGGCCGAGUUUGCCCACCACAACUACCUGACCCGACUAAGGCGCUACGAGAUCGCCGUCAACCUCGACCUCACCGAGAGACAAGUGAAGGUGUGGUUCCAGAACAGGCGGAUGAAGUGGAAGAGGGUGAAGGGCGGCCAGCAGGGGGCGGCAGCCCGAGAGAAAGAACUGACCAACGUGAAAAAGGGCACGUUGCAGCCGUCGGAGUUCUCCGGCAUGGCGGCGCUCCACCACUCGACGGACUCCUUAGCCAACGAGGACAGUCACGACAGCGACCAGAGCUCCGAGCACGCCCACUUAUGAUCCACGACCCCCCACCUUCUUCUCAGAGGACAGGCCCUGCCCAGCCUUAGAAGGACUGCUGUUCGCUGAUUCGCCCAUCGUCAUACAACGAUGCUAAAUAAGUGUACAAAUAUACAGAGAGAAGUGACGUGUGGUGAGACGAUGCAGCCAGCAGGCAAAAUGUAGAUUUCAAGAACUGAGAACGUAGAGGAGGAUUUUGACAUCUUUUAAAGCACCAUUGGUUAAAAAUGCCCUUGAUGAGAGCCAAAAACGAUUGACAUGUGAGGUUUUUUGGUUCUCCCAAAACACUGAAUACCACAUAACAUUUUGGAAGUCCUACUUGGUCGAGCUGUUGUAAACAUUCCACGUUGUGUGCCUCGAGAAAAGCAGGCUUUGAUUUGCACUGUUGAGCACUCAGUCUGCACCUCAAGUCAGGUUUCACUGUACAAAAUGUAAAUUGCCGUGUAUUUCAGUUAUUGAAAAAAAACAAAAAACAUCAAGUGCCAGGAAAUCAAAUUUGCCUCGCUAAUAUAAAUGAUCUGUAAAUAAUUCUCUGUAUUGUCUUACCAUAACCAGAAUUUUAUACCUACACUAUUUCAGCUCACGCGGUAAUAAACACCGACAGUUCUUUACUCAUCACUUUUCUGCUUGGAGAUGACGUUUUGUAAACAAAAUCUGAAGACCUGACAUGUGUUUUAUUAAAUCCUUUCAGGGGCAGUUGCAGAUCGAAUAAAAUUCAACCAGUGGUAAAUGAAAUGCAACAUUUGGUGCAGCCCAUGUGCGUUGCAUGAAGUGAAGCUGAAAUGAAUUAAACAUUACAGAGAGUGGUGAAAGCUGGUGAUGGGUGGGGGUUGGAGGGGGCAUCCUAAAUUCACCUUCGCCUCGGGGCAUGGGCCCGGGACUCCUGCCAGGAGAGAGAGAACCCGCAGAGGAUCGGAUUCUGUUACAAAAUCCAGUUGAAAAUACCUUCUUGACUCCAUCUCAUCUUUCACCACAUUGUGAUUGUGCAUUCUAAUUUUUUUUUUUUUGAGGAGGCACCUCACGCGGCAUGUCAAGGUUUCAACUUACUUUUUCAUCCCAACCCCCCAAAGCAAACCACAAGAAGAAAGUGAUACUGUCUCCUUUUUUUUCAUUUGCAACUGAAAUUCUCUUUCAAGUACUCACAAAAAUGAGCUUUAAUCAGCUCACAGACUAUAAACCUUUCCAAGUGAAAGUCACUGCCUGUUUGAUUAAUAAACAACCACAUAAAAGAAAGCAAAUUUAGCAAAACCUUCAAUAUGUGCCAUAUCCUUUCAUAUGUGAAGAAAGAGCAGCUGUCUUGCUUUAAAUGUUGCCCUGCAGUGCAACGUAAGAAAGUCAUGUGUGUGAACACUGUCUCCAUUUUUAUGAUGAUCAUCGGUCAUUGAUGAUCAUCGGUCAUGCAUGAUCAUCAGUCAUGCAUGAUGGGCUUUCUCCUGAUUGUUAUCUGUCAGCACACAAGGUCAAAAGUGGCUGAAAUCAGCUGAGAAUUGCUUUGGAGUACUAAAGUUGAAUAUAGUUUGAUAAUGAUGUAUAAAUCUAUCUAAGAGUUUCUCCCGCUGAUCGAUCAUGCCCUUGAACUGUCCUUAAGUCUUUCAUUUAUUGAAGCAAAGAGCAGAUAUAUGAACGGGUAACCUUCAUAUCUUUACUGUUGAGGGUCAUCUACUUUGCCAUAUAGCUGACCUCACUUGCUUUAUUGUCAUUUUCACCCAAAAUCCCCCUUUUUUUUUUACUCUUUUAACCAAAUAUCAAAACAAUCUGAAGUUGUGUGUUUGUGUGGGUGCAGAUUAAAGGCUCAUUACGUUUCUCGUACGGAAAUCGCAACUUUCCUACAAAAAUGGAAUUCACUGUAAUUUGCUAAAACCCCCACAAAAGCAAAUCCUAUAAUCUAGGAAGCUUGAAACCGCAAAAAAAAAGAGGAGGGAGGUGUUGAACAAAUGCGGCAUUCCCCUCAGGAGACUGCUGUUUGUAUCGUGCGUGGAAGAAGUCACUGACCUCUACGAUGCCCACCGGCUUUUCCUAAUCUAAAUUGAUCAACAAUAGCUUAUCAACCUAGCUAUUACCUAGCUAGUAUUUUGCGAUCUUUUUCUAAGCGUAAUUAAGGUAUUUCAUGACCUUUUCAUAAAUCUAUCAAAGUAUUUCACAAUGUUUUCAUCAACGUAACUAAGUAUAUCCGAUCAUUUUCUAAACAAGACAGAAGUGUGAAAUGGUUCCUAAAUGCAAUGCAUCAAAACUGACACGUUACUGGACGUUCAAAAGACAAACUGAAAUCAUACAAACUGUCCACAAACCCUCACAUUGGAUGGCUGUUGAACAUUAAAGUUUAUAACCCUCGUUCAUGAAUGUGAUUUGGAAGAAAGAAACACAAGGAUCGUGGUAGUAACUGUAACAGUGGUAACUGGUGACUUUCGUCACACGUAUUGUGUACGUAGAUAACGAACACAAUUGUGUGCAAAAUCGAUUGAUGGAUUUUAUUCGGACACCUGCAUGUGAUGUUUGUGUCUUCAACAGUAAAGCUAUACAUAAAACA